AACUGAAUACUAAAAAAGCCAAAAACUACCGCAACUGAGUGAGCCACACGCUCAUAAAUUUCCACCCGCGUCGUAAUAAAAAAAAAAAGUGUUUUAAUCGCCAGUAAAGAAAGCAAGAAAAUAGAAGAAACAAAUGAAAGAAAGCUACACAUGUAAUAAUUGCAAUAAAGAUAUAUAUAUAUAUAUAUAUAUAUACAUAUACUCGUAUAUGUACGCGCGCAUACUAAGACUUACUUACGCUCACUAUCUCUACGUAACAGCAACUAGCAAUUUCCGCUUUUAUACUCACCAACAUACAUACGUCUCUGUAUACCAGCCAAGCGACCAACUAAGCGCCCAAUCAACCAACCAACCGACCAACCAACCAACCGAUCGUCAGUUCGCCUGUGCGCUCGCUCGCUCGCCCAACGCCAAACAAGCGCCUACCUCAAGCUCAAGGUUCCCAUACUUACAUAUUAAAUAAUAAAAAACGAAAAAAAAAGAAAAAAAAAGAAAAUAAAAAAAAAGUAAUAAAAAAUAAAAAACAUAAAUAAAAAAAAUUAUUAAAAAAAUUCUGCCAUUAAAUCCACCAACGCAUCGCUGUGUAUUCCAUUCGUUCCUCCAAUUCCGUUGUGAUGGCUACACAGCGCUCCCAUGUUAACCAAAAUGGCGGAAAUAACAGUACUCUUCUGGACGAUGCUGCCACAGCAAAGCGAAAUGAAAAUUUACGAAAACUUUUUCAAACGAACAAAAAUAAAAGGACGAAUCCAGCAAGCAAGCUGCAGCGUGGUUAUAGUGAAGAAGGAACUGGCAGAUUUCACUAUAACAACAGCAAUAGCAACAGCAACAGCAAUGUAGCAAACUACGUUCACCAUGAUGGAAAGAAUGUACAAAUUGAUACGCAGGAAUACCUUGAUAUGGACUCUACUGCAGGUGGUCCACGGGUUGCUGCACGCCAACAGCGCUGGAGUCAAAGCAAUGACCGAAUUGCCAGUGGUGAUGCCCUCGCUGCCGCUGUCGACACUGAUUACAUCAACAGUGAUGUAGGAUUGAGACGCACCGAUAGUCGCAUACGACGUUGGGGUGUACGUAGCAGUAGUGUGUGCGGCGAAGCGCGUAGAAGACUCAGACUCGGUGACGAGGAAGGAAAUCCCUCAAUGGGCAAGCGACAAUUGAGUAAAAGUGUUGUGGACACAAAUCAAUUGGCAAUGUCAAGCAAUCAAUCGCAAUUGAAGCAGAGACAAGACGAAGAAGAAGCAGUAGAACAAAAAGAAAUAAAAAAUUUCUACAAAGGCAACAGAAAUAACGUUGCUGAGGUGGCCAGUCAAAGAACAAAGGACUACAAUGCACACUAUGAGCUCAGCGGUAGAAGCAGUAGCAAGGAUACGCUAGAGGAUUCCUUCAACCCCACCGUGUGCAAACGGGAUGGUAGUACAUACGAGACACCAGAUACAACAGGGACAGGCAUGGGUUUCUCCUUUGACCAUGAUGGCGAUGAUGAUGAUGUUGUCACAGCAGAUGUGCUUGCUGAUGAUGAGUAUGAGCCCCGGCAUAGCAAAUAUUUGUGCAGAACAGGAAAUCAGCGCAGUGACGCAUAUAUCGAGGUCCGAACACAGACCGCUGACAUAUGGACACAGGAAAGGCAAGAAGCUCAGGAUAAUUCAGUGACGUUGAUUGCGAAUACCACUCGGAAUAGUGCAGAGGGGGACGACCGUACAAAAGAAAAGUGGUCAACGAGAGACUGGCAUUACAAGUGCUCACCAAAGGACCAACACGCAAACGCUGAGUGUGACAUUUUAUCGGAAGCAUCGGUGGCAGGCGACAACAGCUUGUGGCAAACUGUCGACCGUUGGGAUGAACGUGGGAGUAGCUGUAAUGAACGGGUCCAAGCGUCUCAUGUCAACUUUGAAAAUUAUGAGUCCUCAAAGCACGGCAUGUGCUGGCGGCAAUCACAGGAACGUAUGCCAAACGACGGGUGUAAUGGUAUAUCAACAACAACCACAACAACAGACACAGCAAAAACAAUAAUGUAUGCGCCACAAAAGGAAUCACAACUGCAACUACAACGUCAACAACAACAUAUCACAACUCAACAAGGACAAGAGCAAAAGAGCCAUUCAAACAUUUCCACGCUCUUCAAAACGCCGCUCCUCAAGCGCGCACGUGGACAAAGUGUGGAUCGGUUUGGAGCGCAUGGGCCGCUGCAAAACUCACAAACCACAAACGUACAUUGGUUGUCUGAAAAAGACAUUAACACGAAUAUUGCUGGCAAUGAUUUUGGCCGAACCCCGGUGGCAGUGACAACACCAGCGGGAAAACCACAAGCAAUAUUGGUGUCAACGACAGAUGAUGUGAGACUGAGACAAACCAACGAAGGCAACAACAAAGCGAGUGCAUCUUGUAAUAAUUUUGCAGCGCUUGACGAAUUGCGGUGGACACAACAGCGUCAGCAACAAAAUCAUUCACUACCACAACCACAGCUACGCCUCUCAUGUGGUGAUGUGCGUCGGGCUUGGUUUGGUGGCAACAGUCGCUGGAGCGAUUAUAUAGCCGCACCAGCCGAGACGGUGUUUCAGAGCAUUGUAAAUGCAACAUCGUUGCCAAAACCCAACUUAACAACUUACAACAGCAGCAACAACAAUAGCAUUGGAAAUUUCGGUGACAUAGCAGCAACAACAAGAGGAACAACAACAACAAGCCGAACAGACAAUUGGUCAGCUACACAGGCGACGUUAGCUGAGCGCUUAACAAAAUUUCGUCAUAAACAACAGCAGCAGCAACAACAACAACGUCUACAACAACAACAUCUACAACAACAAGAGCCACAACAACAAGUGGGACAAGAAUUCAGGUCGUUCGAAGACGAAUUAUCAACGCCCGAAAGCUAUUACAAGCGUUAUACUAACGGUAAUAGUGCAAACGGUUGCUAUAGCAACAACAACAUCAAUAAUCAACACAUCUACAACUGCAACAACAACAAGAAUUACAGUGCCAAUAGGCCUUCGCUACUCAAGCGCAUUGAAUUAACAACUGCAGCGGAUGUCGGAGCAGGAGCUCAACAGCAAAGUACUCCAUCACUGCUCACAACAAAGUUUCCUAAUAGCAACAACAACAACAACAACAACAACAACAACAACAACAGCAAAGGUAAAAACGAUAAUACAGCUCAAGUGCAUUAUAAGCUAAGUCAACAGAGUGCGGACGUUGCAACAUUCGAUGAUGCAACUGAGUCAUCUUCGAUACCGUUAACUGACUGCUACACGAAAUCAUCGUCGCCGUUGCCAUCGUCGUCAUUGUUGGGUAAGCAACGGCGUUUGGUAUUGGUGCGCAGGCGCAACUUGACUAACGGUGGAGGAGGACAAGUGAAGUCCGAAAAAACAACGAUUGAUGAAAGACAACGGACAAUAAAUACAACAACAAAAUCAGCAACAGCAACACAACAACAACAAUUGUGGUUGCUUACGCUAUUACAUUGGAUCGGUCUCAGCCGAUUUGCCGAUUAUGUUGCCGUGCAGUUAAGCAUAUGCAACAGCAACAACAACAGUAACAACAACAACAACGACGACAACAAUAACUCUUACACUAAGAGUAUAAGCAACGACAAUAGAACGUUGCAUACUAGUAGGCGUUCAGUAGCAUCGCCUCGAACAACAACAGCAACGACAACAACUCCAACAGUUGCUGACGUCGAACACAUUCCAAAACGUCCACAACACACAUUUGACGUAAUGGCAAUAUUACGCAGCAUGAAGCUCAAGGAUCGCCUGGCCAUUAGUUUGGGUGCCACCCUGAUACUGCUGACACUGUUAUUAGUGGUCGAUGUGCAAAUGGAUUUCGGUGUCACGAAUCGACAUUUAUUACUACAGCAAUCACGUGUCCGUUAUGUAAAUGAAAAUGAUGCUGGCGGUGGUGGUGGUCUUGGUGGUGGCGGCACGGGGACGUUUAGAGACUUCAAACGGAAAUUCCUGCAAAAGAGCAAUUCUUCUGGUUCAAAGGAGACUGCGACACCAACAACCACACAGUCACGACCAGCUGGCACUGCGGCAGGUGGCAAUUCAGCGGAUGUAGCAGCAGGAGCAGCAGCAGCAGCGGGAGCAGGUACUGGUGGCGGUGGUAGCGGUGGCGCGCAACAAGAUGCCGCAGCCAGAGAAGAUAUGUUGGCGAUUAAGAAACAAGAACGGGAGCCGCAUGAUCCCUUCGAUGAUCUAUUACGCCUCUUGUCUGGCCUAGAUAAGACUGACUAUUCGCAUGUGCUGAUCGAUGAUGAUGGUUCGGUGGUGACGGAGAAUCCCACAUUCUCCGAUUUAACUGGCAUGAAACCGAGUAAAAAUGCUACAAAUUUGGAACGUUUCCAAUGGCGCAUCUCUAAGCGUGAGUUGUACCGAGAGAACGAUACCAUUGUGGAUGAAUUGCUACAUGACAUGAUUCAAUUACCGGUGCAACAUGUUGUGCAAAAAGAAGGUGGAACACAACUGAAGUUAAUCAUUGAAUUUCCCAACGAUGUCAGAGCGCUUAUGAAACCCAUGAGAUUUCCACGCGAACAGCAAACGCUACCAAAUCACUUCUACUUCACGGACUAUGAGCGGCAUAAUGCUGAGAUUGCGGCUUUUCAUUUGGAUCGCAUUUUGGGUUUCCGUCGCGCCAUGCCCGUCACCGGUCGUCUGCUGAAUAUUACAACAGAAAUUUAUCAAGUUGCCGACGACAAUUUAUUAAGGACCUUCUUCGUCUCGCCUUCGUCGAAUUUGUGUUUCCACGGCAAAUGCUCGUACUACUGUGACACGGGACAUGCUGUUUGUGGCAAUCCGGAUAUGUUGGAGGGUUCAUUUGCUGCUUUCUUGCCCAGCUACGAGCAGACGGGACGCAAGGUUUGGCGGCAUCCUUGGCGACGUUCAUAUCAUAAACGAAGGAAGGCUCAGUGGGAAACAGAUUCCAAUUACUGCUCCAUUGUCCGUGAAAUACCGCCCUAUGAUGAAGGUCGACGUCUUCUAGACUUAAUGGAUAUGGCAAUUUUUGAUUUCCUCACUGGAAAUAUGGAUCGACAUCAUUAUGAGACGUUCAAAAUAUUCGGCAAUGACACAUUUACGCUGCACUUGGAUCAUGGACGUGGUUUUGGCAAACCUUUCCACGAUGAACUAACCAUACUGGCGCCGUUAUUACAGUGUUGCAUGAUACGCACAUCAACGCUGAAAAAGAUAUUGGACUUCCACAAUGGUGCCAAACCGUUAUCCGAAAUAAUGCGCGAAUCCAUGUCCGUCGACCCAAUACGACCAAUACUCUGGGAACCACACCUAAAAGCGCUCGAUCGACGAAUCACAAUCAUAUUGAAUGGCGUCAGAGAUUGCGUGAAGAAGAAUCCACCAGAGGAGGCUUUGGACUCUGAGGAUCUGCUGUCAUAGCAAUUAAGGCGUGAGGGGCGCAUAAAGAUCAAUGAAGGCAAAUUCAAAUUCUUGAUACGUCCCAAAGUGCGUCACACAAGAAUGACAAAAGUUUAGCGUUAAAGAAAUUGAUUAGGAUACUUAACAAAUGUGGUAGUGAAAUAAGGCAGGCAAAUGGUUAAAAUAGUUUAAAUAAAAAUAAUAAAACAAUACAAAA